CCCACCUCAAAACCACGAAUUAUAACAAAAAAUAUUCCCAUAAGGUGUUAUACAGAAAUCAUCAUAUCACGUCGCAAAUAUGGCACCCCGCCGUGAAGAUGAGCAUGAGGACGACGAAGAGAUUGAUUUCACUGAUCUCAGAGAGCGGUACGAGGUUCAGCUCGAUGAAGGACUUGAUACCUUCGUUGUUGUCGAUGGAUGCCCGAAGGUUCCGGCUGAUAGUAGACCGAAACUGAUCAAGUUGGACACGAACACGACCGAAGGAUACGCCUUCGUUGAAUACAAUACCCCCGACCAGGCCUUGUUAGCUUGCAAGCAGCUCAAUGGAAUGGCCCUCGAUAGAAAGCAUACCGUUUCUAUCAACAAACUUACUGAUAUCGAACACUUUGGGCGAGAAGGGCGUAUCAAGGAGGAGUAUGUUGAACCUGAGAUUGAGCCUUUCGCCGAACAAGAACACCUACGCUCCUGGCUCAGUGAUAUCAACUCCCGCGACCAGUUUAUCAUGUACCGCAGUGAAAACGUUGGAGUCUUCUGGAAUAAGAAGAAGGAUGUACCGGAGCCUGUAAUUGAUCGUGCAGGAUGGACAGAGUCAUUUGUUCAAUGGUCACCACAGGGCACCUUCCUAACAUCUGUUCACGGUCAGGGUGUGCAGCUAUGGGGCGGCGCAAGCUGGAAGAGAAUCAUGCGCUUCGCCCACCCAAUAGUCAACUUGGUAGACUUCUCGCCGAACGAAAAAUACCUAGUUACGUGGUCUAACAAGCCUAUCUCCAUCCCCGAGAAUCCACCCCCAAAUUUCCCUCUAGGACCUGACGAAGAUGGAAAGAGCUUUAUUAUCUGGGAUAUCAAGACCGGUAACCUCUUGCGAUCCUUCACCUCUGUUGAGGUGACUGGUGACCGUGAUGCCGAAUUGUUCGAGAAAUCCCGUAAGAAAGUUUCGUGGCCGGUGUUUAAAUGGUCCUCGGACGACAAGUACGUUGCUCGGGUUGUGCCUGAGCAGUCCAUUCAGGUUUUCGAAACUCCAAGCAUGCUAUUGCUUGGAAAGAAAGCCAUCAAGAUCGAGGGUGUUGUCGAUUUCGAGUGGUCGCCAUCUAUUCCCACUGCCGAGAAAGGCAAAAAGGAACCAGAGCAGUUGCUUUGCUACUGGACUCCUGAGAUGAACAAUCAAACUGCACGUGUUGGUCUAAUGAGCAUUCCUUCAAAGGAAAUCAUCCGAACACGAAAUCUUGUCAAUGUGUCAGACUGCAAGCUCCAUUGGCAGUCAGAGGGGAAAUACCUUUGCGUCAAGGUUGACCGACACACAAAAACCAAGAAAUCCAUGUACACCUCCCUGGAGUUCUUCCGUGUCAAAGAAAAGAACAUUCCUGUCGAGAUUGUCGAACUAAAACAAGUUGUCAUCAACUUCGCCUGGGAGCCUAAGGGUGAUAGAUUUGUCUUCAUUACCGUCGACGAGGCUAUUCAGGGAGCUCAGGUUGCACCCAAGACCUCGGUCCACUUCUAUGCACCGGAGAAAAUCAAGAAUGGUGUCGGCGAAUUUUGUUUAGUCAAGACGGUUGAAAAGAAGAACUCAAACGCCAUCUACUGGUCACCAAAGGGUCGCUUCGCCCUCAUUGCCACUGUUCACUCUCAGCAGAGCUUUGAUCUCGAGUUUUGGGAUUUCGACUUUGAGGGCGAGAAGCAGAAACAGGACAAGGCUAGUAAGAAUAAGGAUCUUGCUGCCAACCUCAUGCUUAUGGGUACAUCCGAGCACUAUGGUCUGACUGAUGUUGAAUGGGACCCUACUGGCCGAUACGUCGCCACUAGUGCGAGCAUGUGGAAACACGCGAUGGAAAAUGGCUAUCACCUCUGGGACUUCAAGGGCUAUCUUCUCCGCGAAGAACACAUUGACAAAUUCAAGCAGUUUUUAUGGCGUCCCCGCCCUCCUACCAUGCUCUCCAAGGAAGAGCAGAAGCAAAUCCGCAAAAAUCUCCGUGAGUACAGCAAACAAUUUGACGAAGAGGAUCAAUUCGAAGCGGAUGUCGCAAACAAGGAAGUUCUUGAAGCUCGCAAGAGACAGCUCGAUGAAUGGCGUGCCUGGAGAGCAAGAAUUGAGAAGGAGGUCAGAUGGGAGCGUGUCGACCUCGGCCUUCCCGAGGACCCAGAGGAAGCCCUCAGGGAAGCUGCCGGCGAGGAGGAGGACAAGGUUGUCGAGGAGAUUAUCGAGGAGGUCAUCUCUGAGCACGAGGAGGAGAUUGCGUAA